CCGGUUGCGGAAGUAAAGCGGAAGUGGCGCAAUCAUCUUCUCAUCUUGAACCAUGCUUGAGUGGAGGUGACCUUAGUUAUACUCAAAUUGUAAAGUAACAGAACUUGUCGUGGACACCGCGGGUACAUCGUGUCAGUCCGGUCUGGUUAAAUGCUAAACUUGAAUCUUGAAUAUCAGUGAAGACUUUGCAGAGUGAGAAGGAAGAACAGAGAUGGCAGAAGCACACCAGGCACGCGUGCAUACUGUGGUGGAAGAAAUGGUCCAAAGCCUGGAGAGGGACCACAUCCGUGUAAUGCAGGGUCGCAUGUUCAGUUGCAGUGCAGACUGCUGUGCUCGCUCCACUGACUCCAUGUCUGUGGUGCAUCACUGCAUCGAGAGGUGUCACACUCCUCUGGCCCAAGCUCAGGCACUGGUCACUUCAGAGCUGGAGAAGUUUCAGGACCGUCUUUCACGAUGCACGAUGCACUGCAACGAUAAGGCGAAAGAUCUUUUCGACUCCGGCGCUAAGGAGCCAGCUGUUCGAUCACUCAUGGACGGCUGUGUGGGCAGUUGUGUGGACGACCACGUGAACCUGAUCCCCAGCAUGACCCGAAGAAUCAAAGAUAAUUUGGACUCUAUACAGCAGUGAGGAGUAGGAUGGCUGGCUCUAGUCCAUCCUGGAGACUCAGCCUGAGGUCAUUACACAUGGUCAUUACAGCAGCGCAAGGUCAGCAGACCAGUUUUACCAGUAACAACUGAAGAAUAGAGGGCUGCACCAUGAAAGGGGGAAGAGAGUGACUUUAAAAAUGGAUCAAAGAUACAAGUCUUGACAAGUUUUAGAGGCUGUGACUCUAAAUGUUGGUGUUUGUGGACAUUUAAAAAAACUGCUCACUGUGAGAUUUGUCAUUGUACUUUGUAUAAUCUAUAAAUGGUAACUUCCCAGAAGACUGGGAGCUGAAAGAUAAGAAAUCCAGUGACGUAUGUUUGUUUGUGUGGACAAAAUAACAGCUCAAACAUGCUUUUGAAGAGAAGUGUGCACAUCUUAGUAUAACAUUUUAAAGUAUAUUAUCCAAUUAAAAUGAUCCACAUGUGCAUAAAGUUUUGAACCUCUUCUCAGCCAUAUUUCAUUUUUGAAGUUUCUAUCUGGUAUGAGCCCUCAUCCCUCUUUAUUUUUGUCAUUUAAUUGUUGAGUUCUGUGAUUGUCUGACCUCAUGGUGAGAUAUUUAUAUAUCUGAAUUAAAAGUACUGUACCUGUUUAUGGCCU